AAACACAAUUGAGAAUUGGGCAGGCGACUUCUGCAACGGGGGACCGGGCAAGAGAGCGCAGCGCGCGCGCCGCAGCAGACUUGUUCCCAGAAGAAUGUUGAACUAACUGAUGCGCAGCGGGCGCUUGGAUGGGGUCGGAGAAUUCCGGGAUGGGAUAAAAAAACGCCACCCUCUAUCGAUUAGCAUAUAGAUCGUUUUCUGUCGGGGUUAGGGAGAGGGGGGGAAACGGUGCCCAGGAAGAGCAACAACAACAACAACAACAAGUGGACGCCGCCAGCCGAGCGACUGACUUUGCACGCCGAAAUUGGGAGGUGGUGGGGGGAAAGGCGAAGGGGCUGCAGCUUGGAGCGCGCAAGCCGGGAGGAGGGAGGGGAAGCGCCCCCAGGCAGCAGCAGCAGCAGCAGCAGUAGUAGCAGCAGCGCAUCUCCUUUGUCAAUCCUUGCAAGAGCAACAGCCUGUCUGGGCGCGAGAAGGGAUUGUUGGGAACGGGUGAUUUGCAACAAUUGCUCAGCUCCAAAAGAGAGGAAAGCGGGGAGGUGGGGGAAGGCUGAGCUUGGAAAAGAACAGCGAGCUGUACACGCAACAUCCAUAAUCCGAGACCAUUGCAGACAAGCCCCGGCGCUCACCCCCUACCCCCGCCCCAUUCUUCGUCCCCAAAGAGCCCCCCUCCUUUUUGUCAACUUCUGGGGUUUCUGCACAUCCUCCUCGAUUUGGUCAAGAUCAAAGCUGAAAGGAGUGGCAGCCGGGUUUUUUGUGGUGUUUUUUUUUGCGCCCGGAAUUUUGCAUCGCCCAAAGCCUCCAGGAGUCUUUUUGUUGUUGUUCUUGCCUCGGCUCGCCCAGAAGAGAGGAGAAGGCGAUUCGCCGUCGCCCCUCCGCUUUAUGCGCCCCCCACCCCUCCCGCGCCGCGCACCUUCCUCCUUCGGAGCGCGGCACCUGCGAAAACAGGUUGCCCAGAAAAAGCCUCCCCGCCCCCGCCGACCAAGAUCUCUCGCUCUCUCUUUCUCGUUUUGCAGAUCCCGAGUGCUGCCUUUUCUCAGCCCGUCGCGGAUAGACAUUUCUACUGCAUGAGAGUAACCAAAGGGUGAUCCACUCCUUCCUCUCCGAUGGGGAACUCAGAGCCAGCUUUUCAGCCUUCUUGUUGUUGUCCUUCUCUGGCCGCAGUCCCUCCUGCUGCUGACUUGGGCGAUGCUUUCUCAAGCUUAAGACGUUGCUGACAGAUUGGCGAAAGCGAGAGUGUGUUCAGACCUCCGCACUGUGUAAACAAAGUGAAGACUGGAAGUUCCUUCAACUUUCUAAACAGCUGUGUUCACCAGCAAUUUCAUUGCUAGGCCAAAACAUCAUGUGGAGGCAAUUCUGGGGAUGUUGGCUAUUUUGCACUUGAUUGUCCCGAGGAACUCAAGACCAGUGUUUGUUCUCGAAGAGUUCUUACUUUGCUUAGGUGCACUCCUCGCUUGAUUCAAAGUGUCCACAGAAAAUCAUGAACUCGGACCUGUGGAUUUUGUGUGAGCCACUGAAGAAUACUGUAAGCAGUGGGAUCUCAAGUGUAAAAGGACAUGGUCCAGGAUUAUCUCUUGACGACACCAGAGGACUUUUACAAACACACCUCCAUAAUUUGUCUCGCACCUUCUGGGCAGUAAGAUGUGGAACACUUCUCUUUGGGAAGUAAUGCAGAGUGAAAACCCAGGUUAUGCUAACAAGGAGGGACAAUGCUUCCGAGAUACUGUUUUCCAAACCUCGGUGGUCACGCUCUUCUCACGCAAAACACCCAGUGAUGACUAUUGAGAAACGGGACAUUUUCUUCCCCUCUUGAGUGUCCGUAACAAAGAAAUCCAACAUGGAGGUUGCAAUGGUAAGUGCAGACAGCUCUGGGUGCAACAGCCACAUGCCCUAUGGAUAUGCAGCCCAAGCAAGAGCCAGAGAAAGAGAGCGACUGGCACAGUCCAGGGCGGCGGCGGCGGCAGCUGUAGCGGCUGCAACGGCUGCUGUAGAAACGGGGGUCUCUGGAGGAGGAGGACCUCAGCACCACUAUCACCAGGAACAGAGUCGUGGGGCCUCCUCUUCAUCCUGUGGUGGGAACACAUCACGUAGCAGUUAUCGUCAAAGCAGGAGGAGGAAGGAAAGGAGGAAAAAAGCCUACUGUCUUGGCAGCAGGGAGUUUGGUGCCUCUUUCCCCUGCUCUGAUUUGCUGCCCCUGAGUGGCUCAGAGGAGAAGAUCCUGAAGGACUUGAGUGAGGAGGACGAAGAGGAAGAAGAGGAGGAAGAUGACGGGGAGGAUGAAGAAGACGAGGAAAAGAAGUUCUACUGCAGUGAUGAAGGAGGUGAAGAUGAGUAUUCGUUUUCCGAUCAGCUUCCUGAUGAUGGUGCUGGGCCCGGCGGCUACACUUCCGUCCGCUACAGCGAGUACGAAUGCUGUGAACGAGUUGUCAUCAAUGUUUCUGGCCUGCGGUUUGAGACUCAGCUGAAGACCUUGGCUCAGUUCCCCGAAACACUGCUGGGUGACCCGGCAAAGCGGGGCAGGUACUUUGACCCUCUCCGGAACGAGUAUUUCUUUGACAGGAACCGCCCCAGCUUUGAUGCAAUUUUAUAUUACUAUCAGUCCGGAGGACGUCUGAAAAGGCCAGUCAAUGUCCCCUUUGACAUUUUCAGCGAGGAGGUGAAAUUCUACGAACUCGGGGAGGAGGCCAUGCUGAAGUUCAGAGAGGAUGAAGGCUUCGUCAAGGAAGAAGAUGACAAGGUACUGCCUGAAAACGAAUUCAAGAAGCAGGUGUGGCUGCUCUUCGAGUACCCUGAGAGCUCCAGCCCUGCCCGAAUUAUUGCCAUCGUCUCGGUUUUGGUCAUUUUGAUCUCCAUCGUCAUUUUCUGCCUGGAGACGCUGCCGGAGUUCAGAGAUGAGAAGGAGCUGAUUUUGACCUACAACGUGGAGAAUGUGAAUGAGACGUUGCAGAUGCCGGGCGGGGGACACACGAUUUUCAACGACCCCUUCUUCAUUGUUGAGACCGUUUGCAUCAUUUGGUUCUCGUUUGAGUUUACAGUGCGCUUCUUUGCUUGCCCCAGCAAAGCAGUCUUCUUCAAGAACAUCAUGAACAUCAUAGACAUUGUUUCCAUUUUGCCUUACUUCAUCACCCUGGGUACAGACUUGGCGCAGCAGCAGGGCAGCAACGGCCAGCAGGCAAUGUCUUUUGCCAUCCUGAGGAUCAUCCGCCUCGUCCGGGUGUUUCGCAUCUUCAAGCUCUCCAGACACUCCAAGGGUUUGCAGAUCCUGGGCCACACUCUCAGGGCCAGCAUGAGGGAACUGGGCCUCCUGAUCUUCUUCCUUUUUAUUGGCGUCAUUUUGUUUUCCAGUGCUGUUUAUUUUGCAGAAGCUGAUGAAUCUCUCACUCAUUUUCACAGCAUCCCAGAUGCCUUUUGGUGGGCUGUUGUGACCAUGACUACAGUUGGUUAUGGGGACAUGAAGCCCGUCACUGUUGGUGGGAAAAUAGUCGGGUCCCUAUGUGCCAUUGCAGGUGUGUUAACCAUUGCUUUACCAGUGCCAGUGAUUGUCUCCAACUUUAACUAUUUUUAUCACAGAGAGACCGAAAAUGAGGAAAAUACCCAGCUGACACAAAACGCAGUCAGCUGUCCGUACCUUCCGACGAUACUCAAGAAAAUCCGAAGUUCGUCAUCUUCGUCCAUGGAGGAGAAAUCAGAGUAUUUGGAGAUGGAGGAAGGGGUUAAAGAGUCUCUUUGUGUGAAGGAGAAAAAGUGUCAGGUCACAGGAAACGGCAGUGAGACAGCAAAACAGAACUGUGUUAAUGCAAAAUCUGUGGAAACGGAUGUUUAACUUUGACUGUUUCCAAACCUAUUUAUGCAUUAAAGUGCACAUUGGUUUUUAAAAAAAUGAAAUAUGCAAACAGGAGUUUAAACAAGCAUAUAGAAAUAUGCCAUUUACUUGUUAAACAUGAAUUACAAAGCAUUAGUAAACUUGUAUUGCAUAUCAAGUCAAUGAUAUACCUUGUGGAGGGGGUUUUACCUGAAAUAGUUUCAAAGUUUAUAUUUUUACUAGAAUGCAGGUGUUUUGCACAUGAGGGAAUCAAUUUUACUUUUAAGGAGGAUGUGUUUAUCCACCUCACUCACUGCCCAGUGGUAAAAGUUAGCAUUUCAAGGUAUUUACUAUGUAAGAAACAAUGAAGUUCAGUAGCCAUGCAUUCAUUUGUUAACGCUUUAAGAACAGCUACCAUGAUUCAGUGGAUUCCAUAAUCUUUGAUUUUAAAAUGCUAAAGAUGGUUGUGGGGGAAAAAGUAUUCUAUGGAAACUUCAAAUUUGAUCUUAAAAUAUUUAAAGAAUCAUUGUUUUUUUAAAAACAACAACAACAAACCAACCAACCAACCAACCUGGAUAUGUAAUUGUUGAAGAUACUACCAAACCCCCAGAAAAUGUUUAUUUUUAUAAUGCUUUUUUGGAGACCUUGUGGCAUUUGUUGAGUAAUACAUGGAAGAAUUGAAGUUAGAAAAUGAUUUAACAUGGUCUGGAUGCAGUGGAAAAGUGACUGGAUUGCUUUUUUUGCACUACUUUAUAUGCUGGAGAUAUUCUGACAGAGACUUCAUACUGUGAAUGUUUACUAAUGUUCAAUGACAAUCAUUGGAAGGGUGAUUCCUGCAUAUUUAUUUUCUUGUAUUAUUUUUUGCGCGAUGCUGAUUGGCUAAGCAGCUGACUUUACAUGAAUUCCAUAGUCUUUUAAUUAUGAAUAUCUGCUAUCUGAACAAAAAAGGAUUGUGAAGUAAAAUUUUAUAAUCAUUUCCCCCCCUAAAUCAAUCUUCUUCAAACCAUUAUACCAAGUAAUAAUAACAAACUCACUCAUAAAAGUUGCUUAAAGGAUAGAAAAUGUAUUCUGAAUAGGGGUUGUGUGCGUGCGUGUGUGUGUGUGUGUGUGUGUGCGUGCAUGCAUGUAUGUACAUGUGUUUGAACUGGAGAAGCAGGGAAUGGGAAUCAAAUAUAGCAAUAGCCAUAGAUAAGCAAAUCCAGGGCAGAAAAGAUUUCACAGGAUCAGGUAAAUGAGGUUGCAAUGUGUUGUAUGUUUUUUGUGUGUGUUUUUUUUACUACGUAAUUUCACAAUCAAAGUCUAUGAGUAACAGAAUGCACUUUGAUAUUGGUUAAAUAUUUCUGUGGACCAGACAUAGUAAUAUACCGUUGAACUGGCAAAUUGGGAUCAGCAGUCUUUAACUUGCAAAUGUGCUAUUAGUGGGUCAGAAUUUCUCCUCCCACCCACCUUAAAUGCAGCAUGCACCCUUCUCCGCGUGUUUUGAAACAGCUUUAAAGAUAAAAAAGUGUGAGAUUUGUAAUAAACAUGGUUAAGCCUAGGCAUUAAAACAGCUAAGUAUAUAUUCACCCCAUCUGGUUCCUGACUGGGCCAAUGCAACAACCUUUUCAUACCCAAAUGCCUCAUAUAGACAGUGGGAGCUGUGGUGUCGCUGUGGUUCCACCACGAGACUCACUUUGCAUUCAGGAGCUGAGAAGGUCUUCAUAAACCUAACCCAUACUUGUGGAGGCAAAGAACAGGAGGGAUGAUGAAUCCAGAGUUACUGAUGAUGGACUAUAUGAGUUGGGAGAAGCCUUGUGGCAUUUCCACUGUUAAUACAGUUGACUUCAUGCUAUUUAUAAAAAGAAUGUUGAGGCUAGGGUUCGGAAUUCUAAAAAGCAAAAUCCAUUUACAAAACAUGCAUGUAUACCAAUGCAAUUGUGGGCAGAAAAUAAAUGUGUGCUUUAGACAGAAGAAAUGCUUGAAAAUACUAGUACUGAAAGAAUAUAUUUUCUUGGGAUCGAGAAAAAAUAUAGAUUAUCCAAACUGGUACUGUACAUUCUCAGUCACACUUUGUCAUAGUGGCUGAUCUUUUUUCUAUAAUUGAGGUUUCAACCUGUAAUUAGUUAGUUAGUUAAUUAAUUGGUUUUUUUUGAUUCAAGCAUUUACCAUGGGUACAGGUGCCACCUUAGAAGUGAAAUUAUUUGUUUUUCCCCCUCAUAUAGGAGCGAAUUGCAUCUUUUAAGAUGAUGCCUAAUGUCACGGUCUGAAAGCAUAUGCUCCUCUCUGUGGAACCACUGUUUUAGUUAUAUGUAAGUUACAAUCGAUCACUUCAAACUCUGCAGUUAAUCAAGUAAGGUUUAUUCAAGAUGAUGAUGAUGAUAAUGAAUUUCAUUCAGCUUGGGACAGAUCCUCUGCUUUGAAUCUUUGCAGAUUUGUUCAUUAAUCCUAAAAAGAACUGAAAUAAAGAUUUACUACAUUUCCCCAUAUCCCAUUCUGCAUUAUGCAAAUCUGGAACAAUUUUUAGUACUAGUGCAUUGUGUCUGAUGCUAAGACAUGGUGGCAUGAAGAACUAAAAUAAAUAUUCAUAGAAUUCGAACUCCUAUUCUCAUAUUCUGAAUAUGAAAUGUUACUGCAAAAUUUAAAGUUUGAGUACUCUAGAUAUAGCAUCUCUGGUCCAAGUAUAUUUUUGCCCAUAUCAAAUGUGGAAUGCCAUAAGUUGCCACUCAUCAGUUACUAAACAUCAUUGCAUGUUAUCUAUCAAAUCAUAUCUGAUACUAAUCACCACUUUAUGUCAUCUAACAGAUACUGUCGAAUACUAAAUGCCACUGCAUGUCAGCUAUCACUUACUACAAACUACGAAAUGCCAUGUAUAUGCCAGCUAUCAAAUUCUGCCAGAUACAAACUAUUGCAUGUCCACUGUUCAGUACUGUCAGAUAUCAAAUGCCGAGAUCAAAUAGCAGUAGAUGUUGAAUAUGAAUAUCAAAUAAUCAAUGUUUGGCAAAUAUAAAAGAAUAUCCAGGUAGGGUUUAAACCUGUAGUCCUUCAGAGAUGGUAGAUUGGAUCUAUUCCUCUGAUGUCAGAGACAGAGAUCUGACAUUGGAACUUAUUUAUUUGUUUAGAGGAGCUGUCCAAUUGCUGUACAAAUUAAAUUGUUUAUCAAACGCAGAUAAAAUUCACUAUAUAUACAUAAAACCACCAUAAUUAAAAAUAAAGAUUAAACAUUCAAAACAAAUAUAGGUAACUAAAUUAUGUGUCUGCAUAAGUUUGCAGGGGAAAAAAACCACCCCUUCAUUUUGCUGCCAUCAGCUCCUCAGCCACUCUAGUCCAGCUGAUCUUGCAGUUCUGACUUUGAGAUGAUAAAAAGGGGAAUGUUGCAGCGGAGCAUUAGGAAGCAUAUUGGGCUCAAUGGACCCAAAGCCACCCCGGUCCCCUGACAAGCCCCCAAACAAGGAAGAAAUCUAGACAUGCUUCUGAGCUUGACAACAUCUCUCCUUUCCUUUCCCCUUUGAAAAAUCUGGAAAAGUUUUUUUUUAAAAAAAAAAUUAAGCAGGAAAUGAAUAGCAUUCCUCUUACCUUCCAGCUUAGGAGGGUAUAGGAUAUAUCCAUUUGUUUCAUCCCCGCCUUAGAAUUGCACUGUACAUGCAUUACUUCAACAUUCACCAAGGAGAAUUCUGAGGAGAAAUUGUGGGAGCAAGCAGAUUUGCCAGUGCUCCCAAAAUUAAAACAUGAGAGUUCUGCUCACGCAGCAAAAUCUGCUCCAGGGUUCCACAACCCUUCGGAGGAGAUUGUUAGGGUGGGAGUCAGGCUGCAGGUAAGGAGGAAGUUCCAUGAUGCAAGCAGAAAUCUGUCGCUUAAGCAGAAAGAUAGCAUUAGCUACGACCCAUAGGUCUACUUCCUGUUUCAGCCACAUGGAUGCUGCCUGAAACAUCUGAGUGUUGCAUGUUGCCAAUUGAAUGUUCGUUCACCUCAUAGACUGCCCUCUGCAUCGUGUUGAGAAUUUCUGUGUCACUGGCAACUACUGGGGAUGGUGUGCAAACUCCCUUUGCAAUGCAAAGCAUCUCCACAGCAGGCUGCUCAACAGAUUGUUCCUGUAUCACGAAAUAUAAUAAACUGUUUCAGCAAGCAUCCAGUUAGCUGGUAUAACCUGUAAGUUGGCUUUGCAGCAUGUGCUGGUGAAGCUAAGCUCUUUCUCCCAAUGCAACGUCUUCACCAUGUGAAACAAGUGUUAGAAAGAGCAGCAAGCAUUUCCUGGGCACUCAGGUGCUAUUCCUUUUUGAAGUUGCUUUAGUCCUUGCGGUCCUGAUUUUGUGACAUCUCAUCCAUGUCUUGAAGCAAGCAGAAAACAAGGUUGCUCUUCUUUUUGAUGGCUCAUUUGCUUAUACUAUUUUGACCCCACCUUUCCUCGAAAGAGCUCAUGCAGAGUGGUGUACAUAAUAACAUUUAGCAGUGGCUUGCUGAGUCAAGGCAACAGGCAGGUCAGUGUAGUGCAAAUGCGCUGGCAUAGCCAAUUUGCCACUCCUGCUGACCCACUUGCACCUCUCUGACCUCCCUGUCACCUCCCUCUCCUUCCUAGUAAGGGACAGUGACCCACCUGCUGAGAAGGUAGUGUGAUGUGUCGCUCCCCCCCCCCGGUGAGGCACUUAUGAUAGCAUUUCAUUUUAUCCUUACAAAGUCUCUUGGAGGCAGGUUAGCCUGGGAGAUUGUGACUGGAUCCAACUCUCUAGUUGAAGUCUUAUACCCAAUUCAGUUUCAUCACCCUAGUUCUGAAUCAGACAAUUAUUCCACUAAAGCGGCAGUCAUAAUUUUGAGCAUUGUUGUAUAGAUAGGGAGGAUAAAAGGCGUGUAUGGAUUGAUUUUCCUAGUAGCUUUCGGAAACAGAAUUUUAAAACUACACAUGCCAUGUUUUAUAUUGCUUUUAUAGAUAAAUGCUGCAUGAUAGCUCUUUAAUGUGCAGACUUUCUUGGGUUUCAGGGUUUACUGAUUCCUGUCAACAAUGCCCAACUGAGGGAUUUGCAAGGCUGUCAUGGAUGAUGUAGUACAAAUGAAGUACAGUCUGCUGCAGAAUUGUUGUGGAAAAUUCUAUACAAUCUUGUAACUUUUGUUUUUUAAAAAAUGGUAUUGCUUCUCAUGCUUGCAGUUUUAGUGCUAAAUCAUGAAACAAUCAAUCAAGGAAGUGUCAAUCUGGGCACAAGUAGUGCAUGCUGGGUACAUGGAAGAUAACAUACACAGGGAGACACUUUGAGGAGUGAUCAGUAAAGUUAGAUUUAGCAUUUGCAGGGAAUUGAGAGAGUUUAUUGGCCUCUGCAGUCAGUGGAUGUUGUAGGUUGAAUGUAGAGAGAGGUGGAAAAUAAAUGUCGAAAGAAAUUAUAUCGUGAAAAGUAGGGUGUGAGAUCGAAUUGUAAGUUUGGAUGUAAAACCCCAAAGGAGGAAAUACUGUAAUCAAAAAUCCCCACAACCUUCAUAAUGUCCAAGGACACAGAGUUGUAGCCAAUUAAUUUCCACACAGAGUAGACUUAUUGAAGGUGAAGGAGGUGAGUUAGUAAUGUCCAUUAAUUUCAGUGGGUCUACUCUUGAGUAUGAGUAACAUUGAGAUACAACUUGCAGUCGGAAAUCUGUUAACCUUUCAGGAUAAGGAAGCAGACAACUGAGAACUUAUUUGAAAAGUUGGACUUGUCAAUGAAUUCAUAUAAUUGUUGUGUGGCUAGAAGGGUGUGAAGCUUAACUAUUCAUCCAUAUCCCUUCCCUGAAAAAGAAAACUGAAUGGAUUAUGGGGCAUAAGAAGAGCAAGUGCAAUGCACCAAUCUGUGGGUACCUGUAGGACAAGUUCAGCUAAACACAGUCUUCAAUUGGCGUGUUGCAACUGAAAAUUCAGUGGAAAACAAAACAAUAUGCUUUUGGUGUGACAAAUAAUCAAGAACCAUACAUGUGUUUCCUGAACUAAGCAUCCCUCACCGAUGCAAACAGCAUAGGAGCUGAUUCAUGCCUGCAUGUGGUACCACUUGAUAGCUCAUCACUAGUUAACUUACUAUAACUGAGAGCUGGCUACACAUCCAGAAAAAAAUAAUCAGGUAAAACCCUCCUGGGUCAGCACUACUUCAGAACACAGGGGAGAGACUUCGUCUUUGAAUACUCAAUUAUGUUAAAAAUCCCCUGAGUGCAGAGAAUGGGCACAUAAACUAAACUUUACCAAAUAUGUGAGCUCUAUCUGCAUUCUGAAGAGGCCUGGUCCCAAGGAUGGCAGGACUGUUUCUGACUAUGUACAUCAGCUCUCACUGACUUGCAGCUGAAAGUGUGGGUUGCUUUCUUUGAAAAGUAUUGUGAUUUGAGGUGAUGUGAAGUGAUAUGAAAGCUGUGCCUACAGUGUUUGAUCUGUGAUAGCUGUUUCAAAGAGAAAAAUGUUGCAAUCACCCAUAUGAAUCUGCUUGGGACCUAAGAUUGUUCUUUGGUCCACCACUUAGGCUGAUCGAUUUGCUAAGUAACAGGACAGGGCCUUUUCAGUGGUGACCCUACACCUGUGCAAUUCUAUUUCCUGAAAACUCUCCUUGGGGCCCCUCUCUUGUGGCCUUUAAGAAACCCAUAAGCACCUCUAUUCCACCAGUCUUUUUAAUGAUCUUAUUACUGGACCCCUAUAUAUAAUUUUACUAAAAGGUUUUUUGUUUCAAUCAUAGGUGUGUUCAGCUGUUUUAACAUCAUUAUAAGAGAUUGCGUUUUAAGUAUUGGCCUUGAUAGGGAUUGCCAUACACACACAUAUUUAGAUAUUCGAUCAGGACUCAGUUAACACUUGGGAGGGGGGGAAUCAGCUGAGUAUGCAGCUGAAUGUGAGUCGCUCCCAGCAAACAUUAGAAUGAACAUGCAUAGAGAGUGAGAAGAGCCUGCUAUUCUAAUGCCACUCCUUCAAACCCACAUUCACUGAGUCCUGUCUGAAUGUCUGAAAAGGGCUGUUCAGUGAUAUACAAAUCAGGGAUGGGGAGCCUAUGGCUCUUCAGAUGUAGUUGGGCUACUGUUCCCAUCAGCCUUCAGCGUUGGCUGUCUGGAUGAAGCUGAUAGGAAUUGGAACCUAAACAUCUGGGGGCCCAUAGGUUCUCCAUCCCUGGUGUAAACCACUCCUAAGUCACUCAUUGGUAUGGGAAGGAGUUCUGAUGCUCAGCUGGCCCAAGACUGUACAACAACUAUGAUGACAUGCUUCACUCAUGAUGUGUGACCAAAAACCAGUACGGGUGGGGCUAUGAUCUGGCCAACCACUGGACUGCUUUCUUUAUCUCUCAAAAAUAGUAUACGUUUAGCUGCUGAGUAGCAAGGUGUUUUUCCUAUGACUAUUUCCUGCAUACAAAUAAAUGACUUUAUGUGGAAUUAUUUUGGUUGUCAGGGUAACAGGGGAUGAAGCCUCCCUUGCUUCACUUGGCCCAAACUGUUCAGAAAUACCGAUUUAGGUCGUCUUCAUUAAAACUGUUAUGCUGUUAUUAAAACAUUCUUUCUCAAUGUUA